AUGCAGCUCCUCCAAUCAUAUGCGUCCCUUAUUCGACCGGCAGGUAAACCUUCUGUCCCUGUCAAACACCAAACAGAACACCAUAUCCAGACAACCCCAGGACCACCAGUCUUUAGCAAACCCCGUCGUCUAGCCCCGGACAAGUUAAAGUUAGCCAAAAAAGAAUUUGAGGUUAUGGUCCAGUUAGGUAUAGCUAGACCUUCUUCUAGCAGCUGGUCAUCCCCUCUUGAUAUGGUUCCCAAAAAAGGAGACGAAUGGAGACCAUGUGGAGACUACAGAGCCCUAAAUGCCAGAACCAUUCCUGAUCGCUACCCUAUUCCUCACAUUCAGGACUUUUCUCUAAAUUUGCAUGGUAAAAAAGUUUUCUCUACUAUAGAUCUUGUUCGUGCUUACCAUCAGAUCCCUGUAGCUCCUGAUGACGUUCAUAAGACUGCUAUAACAACACCUUUUGGUCUUUUCGAAUUUCCUUUCAUGUCUUUUGGACUUUGCAAUGCUGCCCAAACCUUUCAACGUUUCAUUGAUGGUGUACUCAGUGGCCUAGACUUCUGUUACGCUUACAUUGAUGACAUUCUCGUAGCUUCAGAAUCCGAAGAACAACACCUCAUUCACUUACAAUUGUUUGACCGCCUAUCCUCUUUCGGAGUCUUUGUCAACCCAAAUCACAAGCCUCUGACCUUUGCUUUCCGUCAAAAACCUGAUAAGUGUUCUCCAAGACAGUUCCGUCACUUGGAAUAUAUUGGACAGUUCUCAACUGACAUUCGCCACGUUUCUGGACAAGAAAACGCAGUUGCAGAUACCUUCUCUAGGAUAGAAGAAGCCACUGCCUCCUUAAACUUCCAGGCUUUGGCAGAGUCUCAAGCUCAGGAUGAAGAACUACAGCACUAUUUAGAAACAGAAUCCAACCUAAAGCUCAAGCAAGUGCUGCUACCAGGAACGGAAAUCUCACUUUAUUGUGAUGUAUCUACUUCAAACCCCCGUCCUUUUGUCACAAAACAAUUUCGAAAAAAUGUUUUUUACAGCUUGCACAACCUGUAUCAUCCCGGGAUAAAGGCAUCCACAAAACUGGUUAGCCAACGUUUUGUUUGGCCUUCAAUGAAAUCGGACUGUCGUUCUAUGGCUCGCUCCUGCCUCUCCUGCCAGAAGUCAAAGAUAACACGUCACAGUUCAACCCCAGUUGGUACGUUUGUUCCACCAUCUUCUAGAUUCGAACACAUCCAUAUUGAUCUAGUUGGCCCAUUACCUGUUUCGGAAGGUUACAGGUAUUGUUUGACUUGUGUUGACAGAUUUACACGUUGGCCUGAAGCAGUUCCACUUGAGAACAUAGAAGCUGAAACUGUAGCUCGUGCAUUAUUCACCAACUGGAUUUCAAGGUUUGGAACGCCACUGCGCAUAACCACAGAUCAAGGUCGACAAUUUGAAUCCUCUCUUUUCCAGCAGCUAACACAGUUAACUGGAUCAACACGUCUCCGAACGACUGCCUAUCACCCUGCUGCCAAUGGACUCGUUGAACGCCUUCAUCGACAACUCAAGGCAGCCAUAAGGUGUCACACAACAGAUCGUUGGACCGAAGUAUUGCCAGUGAUACUGAUGGGGAUCAGAGCUGCGUGGCGCGAAGAUAUGCAAGCUUCCUCUGCAGAACUCGUUUACGGUCAACCUCUACGACUUCCUGGAGAGUUUAUGACGCCCAGCCAAGAUGGACAUCAAUUGGAUCCACCAAACUUCGUAAAGAGCUUACGUCAGCACUUCAACAACCUGCGUCCAGUCAGUGGAACUAGACAUGGUGCGAAGACGCCAUUCGUUUUUAAGGACCUCGCUACAUGCACACAUGUCUUUGUGCGGACUGACAUCCCCAAGGGAGCUCUCGAACCCCCAUACUCUGGUCCUUACCCUAUUAUCAGCAGAACCACCAAGACUGCCGUUGUGGUGAUUAAAGGCUGUAAUGUCACGGUAUCCAUGGAUCGACUCAAACCGGCAUACUUUUGGUCCGAAUACAAGAACGAUGGAUAUGCACCGAAUAGGACAGAAAGCAACAAAUCCACACAAGCACAAAGCAAGACACAAAGCAUGGAUGAUCCUAAUUAUACAAAGACAAGUUCAAGCGAAUUAAAACCUGCAAUUAAGACAAAAUCUGGGAGACAUGUACGCUUUCCUGUACGAUUUCAAGUAUCAUGA